AUGACCGCCGACUCGAAGGUGGUGGUUGUUGUCGGUGCUACAGGGAAGCAGGGAGGUUCUGUCGCUCGCUCUCUUCUGAAGAAUAAAAACUUUCACGUACGCUGCAUUACUCGAACCCCCACCUCCGCCAAGGCCAAGGAGCUGGCCCGUCUGGGGGCAGAGAUAUGUCAAGCAGAUGGCUUCAACGAGGCUGACCUGCUUCGCGCUUUCAAUGGGGGCUGGGGAGCCUUCGUCAAUACCAACUCUGAGGACCCCGAACUUGCUAGUAACGAACGCACAGACGAAGAGUUAGGCAAAAACCUCGUCCGAUGCGCUGCGCUUGCCGGAGUUCAGCACCUGGUGUACAGCUCCGGAGCGCCGUCACACGAGUUGACCAACGGCGCAGUCCACAUUCCAGGACUCGACAUGAAGGCGAAAGUUGAGCAAUUCGCGCGAGCCACGCCAGCCUUCCAAACUGUCACUCCCAUCAUCGCAGCAUGGUUCAUGGAAAACAUGCUUGAGGCAGAGUACGCCGACCUAUUUGGUGGCUUUCCGCUGUUGCAGGACUCAGAUGGCUACCUGACUUACAAAACGCCCUUCUGGAGCCUGAAGGAAGACUUCCCUUGGAUCAGCAUUGCUGAUGACUUUGGUGAUCUGGUCCAUGGUAUCCUCCUCCAGCCACUGCGCUGGAAUCGUCGGGUAGUGCAAGCUGUUGGUGCCAUUACAUCAUCUGCUGAGGUGGUGAACACUUUUGCGUCAGUCACUGGUAAAAAGGCACGAUUCAUUCCGCUAGUUGACCCGUUUGAGAUGAAGACGCUCAGCACACACUGGAGAGAGCAGGAACGGGAUGCGUUCAUCUUCUCUCAGUUGCGAGAUGGAGAGUUUUUUGGCAAUGGACCUACGGAGACUGAGACAGCUACAGCGCUCAAGAAAGCAGCCUUUGAGGCCAAGGGCAGGCAGGGAAGCGCGACACUGAUGACUGUGCGUGAGUUUUUCCAGCGUGAGUUUACAUAA